CCCACUCGCUCAGGACUCAGGAUGGCUGCCGCAUGCCGCUGCCUCUCCCUGCUGCUGCUGUCCACAUGUGUGGCUCUGUUGCUGCAGCCACCACUGGGUGCCCAGGGGGCCCCGCUGGAGCCAGUGUACCCUGGGGACAAUGCCACUCCAGAACAGAUGGCCCAGUAUGCGGCUGAGCUCCGCAGAUACAUCAACAUGCUGACCAGACCCAGGUACGGGAAAAGAGACAGAGAAGACACGCUGGACCUCUUGGAGUGGGGCUCCCCCCAUGCAGCCGCCCCCAGGGAGCUCAGCCCGAUGGACUUGUAAUGCUACCUCCUGCCUCCUCAACUCCAAGGGCAGUGCCAGCCCAGCUCUUCCCCCUGCACCUUGGCUCUGGUCAAAGCUUCUCCCUCUCCCACACAAGCUAAAUAAACCAAAUCA